GUGAUCAUUGUGAUGAUAGGGCUGCAGCAAGUGAGGGAACAUCUCAUCUGUGAGUGUGUCAGCGCAGAAACAUGGGGGAAGCUGAGACUGUGCCAUCCGACGAAAAACAAGCAGAAACCGGUAUCUGUACCGCCGAGGAAUCGAUAGUAUGGAGUCAAGAAGUGGAAGUGUGUCUUUUUCACGCCAUGCUGGGUCAUAAACCCGUAGGAGUGAAUCGUCAUUUCCACAUGAUCUGUAUUCGGGAUAAGUUCAGUCAGAACAUCGGCAGACAGGUGUCGUCUAAAGUCAUCUGGGAUCACCUGAGCACCAUGUAUGACAUGCAAGCGCUGCAUGAAUCAGAAAUACUCCCGUUUCCAAACUCAGAAAAGAGCUUUGUGCUGCCUGAAGAGAUCAUACAGGAUGUCAAAGAAGUUAAAGUGGGAUCAGAAGAUGACGUGAAGGAGGAGUUCAAAGAAGAGAGCGACCCGCCUGCAACCCAUGAAGAAGGUCUGGGUCCCAGUAUGGCUGGCCAGGAUUUUGCGAGGUAUGGACAGAAGAAAACGUUUCGCUCUGUUCCAAAACUCCAGCUUGAGCUCAGUACAGACCAGCUCAUUACCAGAGGCCUCUGUAGACAGCCUUCAGAGACCUCUGACCAUGCAGCAAUUCCUCCGUGAAGAUGUCAGAGAGGUCGGGCAGCGGGCGCGAGAAAGAGAGAGAGCGGGCCGAGAGGGGGGGCUCCGGUGAGACGGGCAGCGGGUCAAAAGAAUCAGCCGGGGAAAAGAGGAAGAGGAGCCGAGCCGUGGAGAAGGUGAUGAACUCCAGCAACCCCUCCAGUCCUGGUGGAGCCAAGCGCCGCAGGACGUAGCCGCAGUUUGCAGCAGGAGGACUUGGGACAUCAGAUGUUUGAAAAGAACUGACUAAGAAAGGCGUAGCUAAUAUUGGUCGCACUUGAGCCAAUGUGAAAGUGAAAUGACGUGCAGGGGUUGUGUGAUGUUCGUGUGCGUUAUCUGCAGUCCAGGGGUUCACUGCGAGGCGUUCCUGUGCUUUAAGCGUUCUGAGCUGUUCACAGACAGAGACAGCAGAAAUAUUGAGGAAGGAAAGUCUUUGGUGGUUGUGUAGGAUCAGACUAGACUGAUGGGGGAAAGUAUGUUUAACUAAUAAGCUUUCCUCUGCCUAGUUUGGAAACAAAACAGUGACUUUUUUAAAAAGGAAAAACAUUUCUGGGAAUUUUAAGUGGUAGCUUUAUUUUAUUUUUGUCCGAGCCAAUGUUUUUGAGAUGGACCUGAGAAUCAACUAGUUUGUUGUGUGAUUUAUUAGGAAUUGCACAGCAAAUAAGUUGAGCUAGACGUCUGUUAUUAACUGUAUGAAGUAAGUUGAUUCUGUUAGCCUGUUAGACGGUCAUUGAUCAAAUGCUUAGGAAAUAGUGAUGGAUAUUUACACUGUUUCUGAGACAUGCUUGAUUGAAUUAUUUGACCGAAUGUGUGUUAAGCACAUCAGGUGUAUGUCCCUGAUUAAAAAACAUUAUUGUGAACAA